AUGUCAAAGCCCAAACCCCGAGCGUCAGAACCUGCUCCUUCGUCAAGAGUACCCACUGUACCCACUGUACCUAUACCGCCAACAGCUAGGAAAUCAAGUCAGCCAGCAAUCAAUGCUCAGACUGCAGGUGCAACUCCUCGGUUCUACGAUGGACCGACCGUCAGCACACAGGCCAAUGACGUGAAAGAUAAAGCCAAGAGAGCCGCUUCAAGAACAUCGGCUGUAGCGAAAUCAUCAACGAAGAAAGCGGUAGCUACAGCUCGUCGACAUCCUUGGUCAAUACUCUCCAUUAUAUCCACUUUACCUGCUUUGAUAUUCUUCUCACUCGCUUCGACUGUCUUAUGUCCUCCUUCUUCAGGCUCCCCAUCACCUUUCAAUAAAUACGUUUUGUCUCCCCUUGGAUAUGCGCCAGAACAAUCUCACCCUUUGUUAUGCUAUCCCGCCAAUGUUUAUCAUCGUGAAAUCCUUCAACCUUACGUUUAUCCUGUGAUUGAUAAGGCUCAAGAUAGAUUUACAACUUCACCAUAUUAUGUCAAUUACGCUAAACCUACCGUUCAAAAGGCUGAUAUCAUUUCAAGAAGAAUUUGGAAUGGACCUUUGAAACCUGUCACCGACCGAAUUAUAAGAGGAGCCAAGAGAUUCUAUUUCACUUUUGUCCAACCUCAUAUCCCAUAUCUCAAAGCCAAAUACUAUUCCAUCACUGCCCCUUACACUUCGAGAUUUUCAGCCUUCGCUGAACCACAUAUCAAAACUGCCAAUACCUAUGCCAAUUUAGCCAGCGACCGAGCAGUCAAAGGUUACAAUUACGCUUCUACCCACCCUGUAACUGGUAAAGCUGGAGAACUAGCUAAAAAAGGCUACCUCAUUGGAUCAGAGAAAGGUUAUAAAGCUUAUUUAUGGAGUAAACCACAUGUCCUCAGAGCAAGACUUGAAAUUGAAAGAAUCACAAGGGAUAUUUUGGGUCCAAGGGCUAUAAAGGCUUUGGAGAGAGCUUCGGUAGAAGUCACCAAAAUAGAAUUAGCUGUACGAUCGUAUGUUAUCAAACUCUAUUACAGUCACCUCGAACCCCAUGUUGGUCCAUAUGUCAACAGAGCUUCAACCGCUAUCGCCCCUUAUACAGCUUUAUUUCAUAAACACGUUCAUCAACCUUACAUCCAGCCAGCAGUACAACAGUUCUUCCCUGCUUCAGUCGAGAACAAAUCCUUCUUGACCAUGUUAUCUGAAUUCUUGCCUACCACCGGAUCUUCUCACGCUGCUGAAAAGAAAGGUCAAAUGGAUGAUUUUUAUGAUGAUCUGGAACAUUCACGAAAACCUGCAGAUGUUAAGGUCCCUGCUGCAGACAAAGUCGCUGAAAAGAAGAAAUCUCCUGAUGCCGUUACUGGAAACAAAGAGAAAAAAGAAAGGAAGACCCAGGAGAAAUUUGAGAAGAGUCAAGCGGAGAGAGUCAGAGAAGCGAUCAAAUCCAGAGUCGAUGAACAAGGUAAAAAAAGCAAUCAAAAAGUCAAACAAGAGAUCAAAAGAAUCAAUGAAGACUUCAAAUCGGAACAAUUACCUGUCUUGGCUCAGAAUUUAAGAUCCGAAGUUGAAAGAGAGAUCGAUUAUAUCUUGACCGGUUUGGACAAACUAUACACCACUUCAACAAGUUUGAAAACAGAUCAAGUUCAAAAGUCAAGUGAACAAGCUGAUGCUCGACUAAAAAAGACUAUUGAAAAGAUCAAAGUUCGAUUAGAUGCCCAAAAGGAUAAAAUCAGGGAUCAGGGUGUAAAAGUCGUCAAAAGAGAAUCAGAUAGCCUUGACAAAGCAUUAGGCGUUGAGUACAAGGAACUAUCGGAACAGAUGGCAUACAUCGACGAUAUAUCCGUGAAAGAUUGGGACAAAUACAAUGAUGUCAAGAAGCUCGCCGACAAAUACAAGAUUAACUUUAACACCGUCGCUCAAGACACUACUCUCGCUAAAUCAUUUAGCGAGCUCAAAACGGAGCUUAACGAUUUCCACGAAUCAUUCAGAGAACGAAUUGGAAUUCUUAAGCGAACUGCCUUGGACCGAAUUAAGGCUAGACAAGCUAUGUCGGCUGAACCCUCUCGUGUCAGUAUCUUACCUAUCAAGGAAGCUGCCGGCGCCGCCGCCGCGGUUGCAGGCGUUGGAGCUGGAGGUGUAUUAGGCAAGGGAAAGGAACAAGUUUUGUCAGCUUUGUCAGCUGCUGGCGGUGUUACCUCAUCUUCCAGUGGAGUUGUGGAUCAAGCCAAAGCUUCUGCCGAGUCUCUUCUCAACGCCGCAUCUUCAAACGUCCAUGAUGCCACUCGAUCGGCCAUUUCAGCUGUUGGAGCUACUCCUUCUCCUGAAUCUCCGAGAGAACAUAUCGAAAGUGUCGUCAAUGUGGCGUCUGAAGGCAUCGAAUCCUUUUUAGAUGACGCUACUUCAUCCGUACAUCAAGCUACUAGAUCAGCCAUGAAAGCCGUUGGAGUUACACCUUCUCCUGAAUCUAUCCCCGAACAUGCCGAAUCAGCUUACAGUGCGGCCGCUGAAGCUGUCCAAUCGCUUUCUUCGGCUGCUGAAUCAGUCGUUCAUGAUGCUACAAAGUCAGUAAUUUCCGCUGUUGGUGGAACACCCUCGCCUGAAUCACCAAGAGAACAUGCCGAAUCGAUCUACAACGCUGCGAGCGAAGUGAUAAACUCUGCUGUUUCUGGAGCCUCAGAGGUCGUACAUCAAGGAACCAGAUCCGUCAUCUCAGCCGUCGGUGCCACGCCUUCUCCUGAGACUUUUAGUGAGAGCAUCGAAUCUGUUCUCGCUGCCGCUUCGCAAGGAAUAAACGAUAUCAUCCCAGAUGUGGAUCUCAGUGAAUCAGUGCACCAAGCUACAAGAUCAGCUAUCAAAGCAGUAGGCGGAACUCCGUCACCUGAGACACCAAGAGAACAUGUCGAAUCAGUCUACAGCGUCGCUUCUGAAUCUGCUUCAUCCGUAGUUUUAAUCGCCACCGAAGCUGUGUCUCAACUUGCUCAGGAUGCUUCAUCAGUCAUCCAUGAAGCUACCCGAUCUGCCUCCUCUGCGAUCGGAGCUACACCUUCACCUGAAAGUUCAAAUGAAUAUCUCGAAUCUAUCGCAAACGUAGUCGCUGGUGGAGCGGCAUCAGUAUAUGGUGCCGCGGGAGAGAAUUUCAAUGCCGCAUAUGAUGCGGCAUCUAGCAAUGUGCAUGAAGCCACUCGAUCCAUCGUCAAAGCUGUCGGAGGUACACCACUACCAGAAAGUCCUCAAGAACAUCUGGAGAGUAUUUACGAUAAAGCAUCCUCAGUCAUAGCGACUGAUGCAGUUGACCAAAUCACGAACUUAGCAAAUCAGAUACAAUCCGCUAUUGGAAUACAACCUACUCCCAGUCAACCAUUAGCUUCGUCUGCUUCUUCAUACUUAGCUUCACUUGCCUCGGCAGGAUCUUCAGCAGGAUCCGAAGCUUUCGCAUCAGGUUCAUCCAUCCUAUCCUCCCUACAAAUUGAAGCUUCAUCAACGGUUAGUUCAGUCACUAGAGAAGCUUCAAAAGCAUUAGGAGCAACUCCAUCCCCUGAAACUCCAGGAGAAUAUUAUGAAGCUGCGAAAGAAGCCGUACAAGAAAAGAUCAGAAGUCCAAGAGAGAUAGCUGAGAGUUUAGUAAAGAAGCAUGCCAGUCAAAUUGAUAGAGAUUUAGCUGAAGAAAGAGCUAGAGGCACCACAAGGAACAUAGGCAAUGAACAUGGUCAUGGGCAUGGACAUGCUCAUACUCAAGUACAUGAAGAACUAUAG